CGCAGAGAGUUCAGCUCAGUCGAAGCAGGAGCAAGGAGAGGGCAGAAAGCAGAGAGAUCGGUCUCGGUUUUAUUAUGCUCAAUUUGAUCAGUAUUUGUCAAUAUAACCGGUUGGACUCAUGGUGAAGAGAAAGAAGACGUCGCCUACUAGCGAAGAGCACGAAAAUGGCAUGACACUGGGCUCCAGGGAGGGGAUCGGUGUCGAUGGGAGGAGGAAUCCGUCCAGAAAGCCCGAAGGUUGCGACGAGGAGGAGAGCGGAGAGCAGGCGAGCGAGGAGCGCAGUACAAAGGGAGACGACGGAGUGGAAAUUCUUAAUCCAUCAACCACGGGUCUCAGCCCCGGUUCAGCUCCGGUUCUCCCCGCCUCUCCGCCGAACCGAGCCGGGCUUGGCUCAACCCAGCAUUCCCAGACCUUAACUGAGUCCGCCCCUCCGUGUCACGACCAGCAUCAUUUUCUCCGAUCAAGCGUUCGACCUCCGAGUAAACGGAUCCGGAAGGAUUCAAUCGGCUCGACCAUCAAUGGACAUGGCGGGGCAAAAUCGAAAGGGGCAGAGAAUGGCUCUUCCUCCCAGGGGACAGUGGGACAGUCAGGGCCUGUGGCCGGCUCCACGGGGGGUGUGUCGAAGGCCUCCAAGGGCCAAGGGUCUUCUGAGAAGGAGGAGCAAGCUGGUAACCAGAAGAGAGCCCGUCGGCAGUGGGAGUCGUGGAGCACAGAGGACAAAAACAGCUUUUUUGAGGGGCUCUACGAGCACGGGAAGGAUUUUGAGGCUAUCCAGAACAACAUUGCAAUGAAGUACAAGAAAAGGGGCAAGCCAGCCAACAUGGUGAAGAACAAGGAGCAGGUUCGCCACUUUUACUACCGGACCUGGCACAAGAUCUCCAAACACAUUGACUUUGCCAAUGUGUACUCCAGAGUGCUCAAGAAAUCCUCUCAAGAGCUGUACGGCCUCAUUUGCUAUGCCGAGCUCCGCAAAAAAGUUGGAGGAUUAAUGGAUGAUAAGAACGUGACAAAGCUGAACGAACUAAUCCAGCAAGGGGCCACCACUGUGCGCUCUAAAGGGAGGAACUUGCGUAUCAAAGCACCCAUGUGCCGAGCACUGAAGAAACUCUGUGACCCAGAUGGAGUGAGUGACGAGGAGGACCAGAAGCCGGUGCGUCUACCCCUGAAGGUGGCAGUGGAGCUUCAACCACGCAGUAAUCACUCCUGGGCCCGUGUUCAGAGUCUAGCCCACAACCCUCGUCUCAGGAUGGUGGUGGAGCUUCACAGGAAAGUCUCAAGCCUCAUUGAGUAUCUGAAACAGAAGUGGGCGUACCAUGACCAGCGGAUUCUUAAGAGUCUCAGGGAGAGGGAGGCUUUGGAGGGUGGCCAGUCCGGCACAGCCUCUCCCAGCAAAUCCCAGCAGGAGGAGCUCUUUCUUUACCCAGCUGAGAGCAGCACUUUGACUACACUGCCUGGUGUGGCACGUGUCGUUCACUCCAAGGCCUCCUGCACCGUACACUGGCUAGAGAGUGGCAAGAACCGGCCUAAUGCCAAGGAAUUGCCAGCUGCUCAGAUUCUGGGUAUUCACACGGCUCCACCACUUCGGACUGGUACUAAAUCUGGACGAGGAGGCGCCGCCACUGCUGCUGCUGUUGGUGGUCCCUCAGUGACUGUAUUGGGUGACAGUCGACGACCUGAACUCCUUAACCCUGAUCCUUCACAAGACUGUUCUACAAAGGCAGAAGAGAGGAGACCUCAGUGGGUUUCUACCCCUGCUUCUUCUACACAGACUUUGGCUCCUCGGGAAGAGGGAACUGGGGUCGGACCCUCUGAAGGAGGAAAGACCUGCACUGGUGUGGAGGCCAGUAUUGGUUUAGCAGUGGAGAAACUGUGUAGCGGUACAGAUAGCUCAUCAGAGCAGUGCAAAGAGGAGCAGAACGUCAGCACUUCUUCCCCAGAGGCCAACCAGACUCCCCCAGCCAGACCUCCGUUGACUGGCUCAGAGGAGGGGAUGUCGCAAGGCUCUGCACCGGCAGCCAGAGAACGGCCUGUUGAGCAGAUCAGAGGGGAGGGCUGGAGCGCCCGUGACGCAGAGAACGUCACCCUGGCUGAACUCUACUUGAUGUUUGGGAAGCCUGGCAAGCUGCAGCUGGAGUACGAGUGGCAGCCGAUUGCAGGUCCUUACAGCAAUGAAGAAAAUGGACAAGCCAUGGCACAGCUCAAGCCCAACAGGACACACCGGGUUCUGCGCUGCCUGCUCAAGCUGGUUUCCACUGAGGUCAAUCCUAAACCUUUGGCUCCAGAGCUGUGCUCUACAGCCACAUCACCACUCAAGAACCAUCCAGAGGAGCAAAACCAGGCCCUCACACCUCCAGGGAAGGUUCCCAUACCAGGUGUUCGCAGCCCCAGCUGUGGCCGGCAGCAGACCUCCAUCCGAGGGGCCCGGUUACACCUGCCAAAUGCUGGAGUCUCAGGUGGACGCAACCUCCCCCGCUCUUUACUGGGGUCAACAGCGAGCAGCGACACAGAAAGCGGUGUGUUUGCAGUUCCCACCACACUGCCUCCCAACAGCACGCGGCACAACAGAAUGUUUUCCCCCAACAAGGAGGCUGAGCUAGCCCUCAAACAGCAGCUUGACUCCAUCAGUAUGCAGUCAGAUCUUUUCCUUUCAAGACAGAGAAAACCUCGAAACAGACAACUUCGGAAACCACUUGUAGUUCAGCGAACACUCCUACCCCGAACUACAGGAGAUACUCCUCAGCAUGUCUGCUCCUUCUCCAUCCUCUCCAACUCCUCUGCAACAGGAACUGGAUCUUUCCGGCCAAUCCACGCUCGCCUAGCUCCUUCCUCCCGCCCCCUCCUGUCCAAAACAUCCCCGGCAGCGUCCAGCUCUGCAGCAUCCAGCCAGCUCUCCAGUGCCAUUGACCUGGCAGCUAAGUCUGCAGGUAUCAUCCCUGGCAGUCCCCGUCAGGAGCCGAACUCCCCCCCUGUUGAUGACAGCACCCUGCUCGCAAACACACCCAUUGUUGAUGCUGAGCCAGACGCUCAACUCCUCCAGCACAAUGUCCCAGAGAAUGGUCAGCCUCCACCGUCUCCUGGAGUGACAGGUGGUGGGGACUCCCUCCUCUCUCCACCCAGCGUAGCCUCGCUUCUGGACAUCUCGCUCCCAGGCCCCCCUGAAGAGGCUCUGGCCCCUGGAGAGCCUCAGACACACAUCAGUGACUCCAUCAUCGAGCUCGCCAUCAACUCUGCCCACUAUGGCGAGGAGGCAGCUCUCUCUCCAGCCAAGUUGAGCAACAACGACAGCUCCAAACUGUUGGCCUCAUCUCCCUCGGUCAGCCCGUCCAGAGGAUGGAUCCCAUCACCCAGCCACGACCCCCAGUGGUACCCCAGCGACUCAUCUGACUCCACACUGGGAUGCCUCCUCUCCAGCAUGGUCUCUCCUGAUAAGGGCAAGCGGACCACCCUAACCCCCUCUGGCCCCUCCAGUGGCACGGCCUUGCUUGGUCCUAGCCUUCUGGACUGCAACUCCCAUGACUCCUUUCAGUCCCGUGGCCUUCCUGAUGUGGCAGAAAUGGACUCUCAGCUUGCUUGUAUGAUGAGUGAGAGCAGUGUCGACUACAUCGCUCGCUUCAAUGACCUGGCUCAGGAGCUGGCUGUGACCGAGCCCUCCAUCCCACCGCCAUGAGGAAGAGAGGACCUGGCUCCUAUGACCUACAGCCAUCUGGAGGACAUGAGUUUGCGCUGUCUAGACUGUCGCAACGCUGUCCCCUCUACUUUGAUGAGAAGACGGCUGUGGAGAAAGACCGAACCCCCCUCCCUUAAAGCCAUCCCUGCCCUGUUUGUAAAAGUGCAAUAAUAACAGUGACCAUUGUUCAAAGCGAGUUCGGAACUUGUUGGUUUCACUGAACUGUUCUUUUAAGUUGAAAUACCCUUUAAAAACAAACACUUUAGAAAAACAAAUGCGUUUACAAAACACAACCUCAUGUACAGGAAAAUACUAUGCCAUAUCUGAACAAAAUAUUUUCACUGAUCUUUUAUGUCUCUUCCUGCUCUUUGUGUGUUUGUCCGUCUUCUACUCUCUCAGAUUAACCCCAUAAAAUGUGUAAAUCCGCCAAAAUGUGCAGCUGGUGGCAAACGGCUGCUGGAGGGUGAUGUUGACAGUAAUGGCAGUGAGAAAAGAGGUUGAAUGUGGUGAGAUGCUUGUUCCUAUUCAGUUGCUAUUGUGGCCUCAGUUGCAAAAGUAGAGCAAGACACAGCAGGGCAGGUAGGAGUAAAAUCCUUUGAUUCUGCCCUCCAUUUCACGCGCUCUUGAAUCAGUUCAGGUUUUAUCGGUCGCAUUUUAGGAACAUAGCCUGCCAUGUUUUUUUGGAAUCAGGUUUGUCAUUUCUUACAGUCCAUUGUCACAUGCAAAAUGGCAGCUUUUGUUGGUUUAUCUUCAUUUGGCAGUAGCUCUGCAGCUAUGAUAAUCUGCAGCCAUGAUCCUCAAUGUGUUUGCUGAAAUCACGAUGGAGUUCAGUGUCCAUCGCCAGUUGCUUCAUGCAGUUUUCAUCACUUUAAACAUAUGUUGAGAUGAUAAUACUGAUGCAAUGGCCUUGAAUUAACUAACUAUUUUAAAGGGCCUUGUCACAAUAGUUAGGAGUAUUUUCACUCAACUACUGUGACAAAUAACAUUGCAUAUUUAGUCUUGCUUGUAUCUCGAAGUCCUCAGUAGUUCAAACACAGAGGCAAGUUGAGCUGUUUUCAAUGAAGGACUAAACACAAGCACUAUUAAAGGGUACCUUGGUGGGCAGUUUUUUUUUAAAAUUGGUCCAGUGUUGAGCGAGAGGGCUGCAGUGUAACCACUCGGGGCAAUUAUGCUCUCAAUUUUUUGUCACUAACAGGCUCACAUUAUUAUUCUUAGUGUCUGAGAACAUUAUGGCGAGAGUCCCUACAGAGGUAGACCUUUUAGUUAAAGACUAAAAUCCUUUUUGUUUAAUCAGAAACAGCCCAGAAAUCUCUAUCGCCAUACCCACCAGACUCCAUUUAAAUAAACAGUCAUUUUAAGUGUGUAUCAAGUCAGCAUGUUUUCACAUGUAAGAGGGUGAAUUAAGGGUUUAUUUCAACCAAACCAGAGUUAGGGAUUAUUGGAACAGUGGAAAGGCAAACCAAGACGGCUUUUUUGAGUUUUAUUUUGUUUCUGUCGUCUUUUCAUAAAGUGUGUUUUACCAUGAUAAAAUUAGUGUCUUGUGGUUUUGGCUAUGAUGAUUUCUGUGCUGUUUUUGGUUAAACAAAAAGGUAUUUCUACAUGAGUAUCCUUUUCGUAAUGUUGUCAUACACUUAGAAUAACAAUCUGAGCCUGUCAGUGGCAAAAACAAGCACUUGUAAUGGAUUGAUUGAGGGUGCACAUGCCCCAAGUGGUUAGAUUGCAGUCUGUUUUGCUGCUGCUUGCUGCAGACCUCUCAUUCAAUACUGGACCUGUUUCUUAGGCAAAAAAAUAUGAGUAAAUACCAAAGUUAGUCUUUAACCCACAGGCCUAAUGUGACCAACCACAUACUCAUCUUCACUGACAGACUGAAAUUAUUCAUGCCAUGGGUACCAUUCAAAGUUCCCAGUAGUGUUACACUCCGCUUCAACUUUGCAAGAGCAAGCAGUCAGAAGUUUCUAAUGAAAUCAAACACUAAAGAGCCAUAGUUGACACUCUUAUUUUUAAAUUGUGUGUCACUCUUAAAUCACUAGUAGAAGCUUCUGAUUGGUUGUGCUCAAAACAUAACUUACCAUUGAACAUUGUACUGAUACCAGAUGCUAGCCAAAACACUGUGGCUAAUGUCCACAUGAUUGGCUGAACAUGUUCACCAUCCCUUUAACAUAAGCCUGCUCUCUAUGUGGUGGAGUUAAAGGUUAAUGAAUGCUUUUAAGUGCUUUCUCUUAAUUUCCCCAUGUAGUUUCACCAUUGCGAUGUACACAAUACACACACGUACCAUGUGAAGUUCAGACUGAUUUUCGAUCGAUUUCAAUUAACCAGCAUCCUCAAUAUGCAGUAUUGUGACACAUUUUGUCUCAUCAACAUGUUUAACUUCAUCUCUGAGUGUAUAUUGUAGGAGAACUCUCGUUGUCAUUCCACCAAUGAGAUUAAAAAUGUUUGUCUCCUUCAAGCACCUUGAGGGCUUUGACUCUACAGUGUAAAAGCUCUUGUGAUGUUAAGUCAUUUGUGAAAAGGCUUCAUCUUCUCACACUAGAUACAAUGAAGAUGGUUCUUCAUAAGGAAUAAACGGCAGGUUUGUGUUUGAAUCUGGCAUGUUAUUUUUUUGUUGAAGGAUUUAUUUGUACAAAUGUCUAUUCCAGUAUUCACUGCGCUUUUGUAACAUAAAUUGUUAUUUGGACUAUUUAUUGUUAACAUUUCAGAAAAGGUGUUUUUUUUUGUUUGUUUAACUUAAUAUUAAGAUGACAACUAAAAAGGAAAAACCUGUUUAAAGUUUUCAGUUUGUAAAAGGUGUUUUUAUUCCGUGUAUAAAGAUAGUUAUAAAAACCUGCUUGUCUGUUGUAUUCAUUGUGUGUGCUUUGUGGUAAAACCUGUUUAAAUGCAAACUUUAACACAGAUAGUAUGUGGCCUGUAAGUUGUUACUAACAGUUUCAGGUUUGUCAGCUUUUCCAAAGAGAGCUGAUUGUUUCUCUGCUGACUCCAUGCCGAAUCCUGGACUGUUAAAGAACAUAAAAUCUCACUCGUCAAACCAAAAUAUAGGGGGGUUGUGAUGUUACUCAUCUGGGCUGAAAUUAAAUUAUACAACAUUUGAAAAUGGUAAGUAAUAAGCAAUAUUUCCUCACCCUACAUGUAUUAAAAGCACUUUGUUUCGAGGGACAUUUACAGUGGUGUUCUGUCUGCCAUAUGGCACAGGUGACCCAGAAACAACAUGUCAGGUGCUGUACCACAUCUCCAAGAAAGACAUGAUCGUUGCUUUUCUUAACCAUAAUGUGUUGUAUUCUGUCUGCAACUGUGGCUAGAUCCUCUGCCAAAACAGCAUACAUAGUACUUUUAUCAGAUCCUGCAGUUUGGUACAUUCAUAUACUUGUUCACACUGUUUAGACGGGCAGCAGUUCAGUGUGAUGUUUGCAAAUUAUAUCUCAUCUGUGAUACUUCAGGUUUAUAAGGGUGGUUAUCAUGACUUGGAAAACCAGAAGACAUUGAGACAGUAGUAGCAGUAGUGCUCUAACAUGGACAACAAUAUUUCUCUGACCUGAUAGAAUCACAAAUCAAACAUUAAAGCUGGAGUAUAGAACUUUUGUCUACCCCCUCUUGGACAAAUUGCAUUUUGGUGUUUGGGCAACAUUGUUCUUGAAACUUUCAUGCCAAUAAAGCCCUUUGAAUUGAACUGAAAUUACACACACAUUGUGGACGCCUGCAUGUGAUCAUAGACUGUAUAAAAAAAAUGACAAUAUUUACAUGAAAGCGAGGGUUGGAUUUGACUCAUAGACUGUGGUGAUGCCUCGCAAACACCCUGUCACUCAAAGCGGCCACACUCUUAAUUAUGCAUAACUUUAAACCUUAAUAAAAUGUAAACAGGUGAGUUAUAUAAAAAUGUAUCUCCCGUACAGUUGCCAUGAAUGUCUAAAUUAGCUAAAAAGACCAAAACCAUUUUUUGUACCAGGCUGAAAACAUGGUUAUUUUUGCUGUAAAGUUGGGCAUUUUAACAUGGGAGUCUAUGGGGAUUGACUCUUGCCAUUAGAGUAACUGCAGUUUUUGGCACUUCCAGUUGGCUUUAUUUUUCAGCCCCGGAGAUGCCUCCUACUUCUGACAAAUGCUAGUUUAUUUUUCUUCUGGAGCAUCUACUUCAGAAACUUUUCUUGGACACUUCUUGGGAUUUUCCUUCAUACUUGUACCUUAUGCUCCAUCGAAAUGGUCUCCCUUCCCUUCCUGCCUCCUUCAGCUCUGGCUGGUUAAUGUAAAACACUUCCAGUGCACCAGCACUUUCCAUUGGAGAGUCACCGAAGACAUCCCAACUCCAGUAUACUUGAAAAUACAGACAGUUUUCCCUGGCGGCGAUAGGCUUAAUCUGCAUGGUGUGAACUCGUCU